AUGUCGACAGCUAUAGCCGACGUAAAAAACGGAAUGGGAGUAAGAAAGGCUGCAAAGAAAUAUUCUGUACCUAGAUCAACAUUAUCGGAUCGCAUAUCUGGUAGGAUCCAGGAGGGAGCCCAUUGGGGGAAAAAGGCCUUGUUUAGUAUUGAGGACGAGAAGGAAAUGAUAAAGUGUGCAGUACAAAGGGCAGAUAUGGGGAUAGGCUUUAGCAAAUCGAACUUCUUAAGGUUUGCAGGUUCUAUGGCAAACACCCGGAAUAUUUCACUUAGAUGGGCAAAACCAUCCGACAUGUGGUGGAGAUGGCUUAAACGGAGGCACGAAGGAUUUUCGCUCAGAACUCCUGAGGCAACCGCAACUGUUCGUCACGACGCGAUGUCACGCGACCGCAUGCGUUUAUUUUUUUCCGAAUUAGGGAAAGUUGUGCAGACGUCAAAUUUCAAAAACAAUCCAGGUAGAAUCUGGAACAUGGAUGAAACGGGGGUAAGUUUGUCUCAUAAACCAAGUAAAGUGCUUGCAAAGAAGGGUGCAAAGGCCAUACACGGCAAAGCAUCUACUUCUCGUGAACUGGUAACGGUAAUUGCAUGCAGCAAUGCCGAUGGUGGAUACAUUCCUCCACAUUUUGUUAUUCCGGGGAAAACUGUAAGGAAACUGGAGGGAUACAACAUACAAUCCAUUAGAGAAAAAGAGUCGUCAUUAAAAGGGGCAAACUUUUCUGUGUCUGAUUCAGGAGGAACCAAAGAUGGAAUUGCCAAACUUUGGUUCACAGAAACGUUUUUGAAGAAUAUCGGUCCGGCCAGACCUCAGCUACUUAUAUGCGACGGACACGGGUCACACAACAAUGUUGAAUUUGUUGAACUUUCAAAGCAGAAUGACAUCAUACUUGUGGAGUUACCUAGUCACACAAGUAACUGGACGCAGCCACUGGACAGAACUGUGUUUAAGUUGAUGAAGAGUCACUGGAACACUGCGCUCGAUGACUUUGUUAAAAGCACAGGGGUUGCAGUUGGCCACAAACAGUUCCUUAGGCUAUUCGAUAUAGCAUGGCAAGCUGCAAUGACACCGAAAACUAUAUGGAACGGGUUUGUAGCUACGGGGAUCUAUCCAUUCAACCCUGACGCCAUACCUGAUGAGGCGUAUGCACCACACAAAGGUUGUGUUCAGACACAGUCUGAAGAAUCCUGCGACAACAUAACCGA